AUGCAGACUGACAUUGAAACGCAGUUACUUGAAAAUUUACAAGAGCUCCACAAAUCACUUGAUGAGUUCAGUAAGAGACACUUUGUAGUUACUUCCAAAUUUUUGUAUCAACUUAAACAAAUAGUCGAGACUACAAAGUUGGUAGUAGAAACCACUAAAAUAGUCACGCGAGAAAUCUUCAUGGGGACGACUACAUUAAGGAAUGAAUUAGUCCAACUUGCUAUUGAAAUGGUUGACGCUUAUAGAAACGUUGAGAAAUUGAUGGAAACAUUAAAAUACAACAUAACAGAGGAAUCGACCCCUUCUGUUGUGAUGACGAGCUGCCAAACUAUUGCGAUGAAUGCGACAUCGAUUCUCCAUAUCUUCACGGGGUCUUCAUUUAAUCGACUUUAUGAAGAAGUCCAACUCAUCUUAGAGUUGUUGAAUCAAAUUGAUAGCACAACCAUCACAAGUUACCAAACGUGCACUACCAUAUCAAAGGUAUGUGUGUUACUCCACAGUCAUCUGGAUCACUUGAUCUCUCAAGAGAAGUUAUCGACGGACAAACCACACCAACUCCACGCACUCCACCAUCUCCUCUCCGAGCAAUUCGCGAACUUCAUUUCCGCCUUUGAUAAGUAUCUAGUCAGUGGAAAGUCACAGGAACACGAAGAAACGGUGAUGAAGACACAAAAGGAAAUCAUCAAUUCGUUGAACACGGAAAUUCAAAUCAUUUCGCCCAUACAUCCACUCAGUUCGCGGCCUUGGACAGGCACACGUUUGCGCGCUAUUAAAUUACUUGAGAGUGAAGACUAUGAGGGCGUCACCCCGAUCUUGUUAGCUUCUGAUUUCCCAAAUCAACGAGUGUUGCCGACGUUGGACUCGUUACAAACAAGUGUCUCUUCCCAUGAUUAUACCGGCGCCGAGUAUAACAAAGUCGAGUUAUUGGAGUACUUCCAGACGUUUGAAGUUGGUGAGAAGAAGAGGUACCAAAACGACAUUCAGCGCCAAGUGACGACGAAGAUGUUACAGUCGACGUUGCACAAAUACGAGUCGAAGUAUUGGAAAUUUACAGACAAACGUGAUGUUGGGUCGUCGAUGAGUUCAUUAGAAGAAGCCUUGGUAGCUUCGAAUGAAGAGGAAGACAUUGUUAUUCAGGAGAUUCGCGAGAUAGGGAAUUGUUUGCGGUAUGGGACUCCUAAUGCGUUGUACUUACUUCCGAAAUACGCCGAGAAAUUAAUGUUUCUUGGAGCACCAAAAGUCACUCUGUCAGACCCGUCAAGCCUUUUGAACGCAUUUAGUCCGGAAAGUUUGGCAGAGGCGUUCACGCAACUUCCGCCACUUCCGACCAUCGACGCACUUGUCUCGUUGCAAGAGAUGAUGAUUGAGUUGAUCAUAUUAGAUAUCUUGAUCACAUCGACGGAGUAUCACCCGGACCAAUUUGCGUACUUCUCGCAACGUGUGACGCGGUCUGUAGUUAAAUUGUCGAGGUCUGCAUUCUUCUUGGCGUAUUUAGUGCAAAAUCCGAUGAAGCGGGAACAAGCGCUUUUAGCUGCGAAAUCGUUGCAACAAGCCAUCUCCGACAUUUCGCUGUUUCUGAAUGAAUUGGUUCGAGUGAAAGCAAGAGAAGAGAAGGACUGGGUAGUCGUCCAAGACAUCAUUAAAUUUGUCCGAGGUGUUCAAGUCCUCUCGUUCUUAUCCAACCCGCCUCCCGUCUAUAAAGCGUACACGUUACUUACGAAUAUAGUGAACGACGCAACGUCUCUGGAGGUCUACCGAUUUGCAAAUGUUGCGAGUGAAGUUGAGUUUCGAAUAAAACUGUACUUUGACGAGUUUAAAGUGUGUGUCAAUUCAGCGAACUGCAGUGCGGAUUUGGUCCCGCCGACUAUUGUCACUGAAUUGAAUUGUGCCAUCGACCAACUCUCGUCGAACGACAUUGUCCAAAUUGGAAAGGAGAUAUUGAAAAUGAUGAAGAAGCAUUAUAAUGGAGACUUGAUACGAGCAAAUCUCAAUAUUGCGACGAUAGCGGCGCAAUCCUCUGCGUCCGGUAUCUUUGAUAAGACGUUUGAGAUGAUCAAAGAGUCGAUGAAAGCGUUUACACUCGACGAACAACUUCUGUUUAAAAGUCAGAAAGAGGAGUUCUACACGCGAGGGAAAGAGGUUCUUCGUGAACAGAAAGGGAUAGAAGAGCUCUACUAUGUGUCAUCGUUACUUCGGAAGGCGCUUGACAAUUGCUUCAUAGUGGAUGAAGUCAAAGGUACUCAAGCGUCAUGCAGAGACGCUCGAGCCGCUAUUUGCGAAGUCUUAAAGUGCGUUGUGAAACUUGUUGUCCCCCCAGAAGACGACAGUAAGAGGAUGUACGCUAAGUUUGAUGAUCUCAGGAAAUUCAUGUCGAUCAAUAAUUGGAUGGACGCGAUUCAAAGCGAACUGAUCGCACUGUUCACGAUAUUCCAUAGCGAUAAGGAUAUGAAGGGAAGAAUCUUUGCUACAUUACAACUGGUCGAACUCAUGUUGGACUUCUGCGCAACAGAACAUUACAAACUAGGAAUGCUCGAGGACCUGAAGAAAAGUGUCGCGUUCGAACUUGUUUAUGUCAAAUGGGGGUAUCAAGACAUCGCAGAAGUCGGGCAAACCAUCGGCAAUUUAAUUGACUCGUACAAUUAA